AUGGCUAUCCACUACAGUAUCCACAACCACCGUCCACAUGACGAAGUCGCUCGCAGGAUCUCGAAAGCCAGUCAAGCCUUCGGUCGCCUCCAGAGCACAGUUUGGAAUCGCCAUGGUCUUCAACUGAGCACGAAGCUGAAAAUGUACAUGGCUGUCAUCCUGCCGACGCUGCUUUACGGAGCGGAGACUUGGACGGGAAUCCUCAGCAUCUACACCAUGCUGAGACAAAUGCUGCUGCGCUGGAGCGGCCACCUGGUGCAAAUGGACGACGAGCGACUACCCAAACGACUCUUCUACGGAGACGUCGCGAGGGGUUCUCGCCGUCAAGGAUACCAAAUUCGCCGAUACAAGGAUGCCCUGAUGUCCUCCCUGAAGCGUCUAAAAAUCAGCCCGACCAACUGGGAAGAGCUCGCCCUCGACCGACUGACCUGGAGGAGGAGAGUGAAAACAGGCGCUGUAAUCUACGAAGCCAACCGCAUCGCUGCCGCCAAAGUGAAACGCGUAGCACGCAAAUCGCAACUACGCCCAAUAUGCAACGCCAACGCACAACCGCUUUCAACGGGUCCUCGAUGUCAACGGACAUUCCGGGCGCGAAUUGGCCUUGUUGGACAUCCUGGGAUCAACUGCACCUCUCGGACCGCACCAACAGUCGUCCCUCCGCCCGCCUCUGACUACUCUAUUGACACGCCAUCUCUAACCUCCUCCUCCUCCUCCUCCUCCUCCUCCUCCUCCACUGCCCAAUCUACGGCCACUCUGGCGGCCGUCACGCACGACAACACCGCACACAACCCUGUCACCACAACAGACACCACCCAUCCAAACCCGACUACAGAAGUGAGGACCAGGACUACACAUGCCCUCACUGCGAACUCACCUUCACCUUACACAUCGGCCUAG